UCCAUCAACAUAAUAAGUCUCUCUUCUUCUUCUUCGCUUCAUCUCCAAGAAACAGAUACUCAAUCUUACGUUUCUUUUUCUCUCUAGUUCCUCUGUUUCUUGAUUGAUUUAGUUUCAUUAUGGUGGAACUGCUAAACGCAGAAGACGAAGUAAUAAUCUCACGUUAUCUGAAGCGUAGGAUCGUCAACGGAGAUUCUUGGCCUGCUAACUUCAUCGAAGACGCAAACGUGUUCAACAAGAAUCCAUAUGUGGAGUUCGAUUCUGAGAGACCUAGAUUCGUGAUCGUUAAACCAAGAACAGAGGCUUGUGGUAAAACCGAUGGAUGUGAAUCGGGUUGCUGGAGGAUCAUCGGUCGUGAUAAACUUAUCAAAUCGAAAGCGACUGGGAAGAUUCUAGGGUUCAAGAAGAUUCUCAAGUUCUGUAAGAAGACGAAACCUAGAGAAUACAAGAGAAGUUGGGUAAUGGAAGAGUAUAGGCUUACCAAUAACUUGAACUGGAAGCAAGAUCAUGUGAUUUGCAAGAUUCGGUUUCUGUUUGAAGCUGAGAUUAUUUUCUUGCUAACCAAGCAUUUCAACACUACAUCAGAAUCACUUCUUCGUAAUAAGCUGUUGCCAUCUUAUGGAUUCUAUUCACAUGAUGAACAAGAGAAUGAUGAAUUUUAUUGUGUGAAGAUAAUGAGUUCUGAAGGAGACGAUUGGCCUAGCUACGUUAUCAACAACGUGUAUUGUCUUCAUCCAUUGGAGCUUGUGGAUCCUCAAGAUGAGAAGUUUCAACGUUUCGGAAUCUGCAUAUUCGCUAACAAGACUAAAGCUAUAAGAGAUAAAUGCGAUGGUGGUUACUGGAAACUCUUACGCCAUGAUAGGCCGAUCAAGGCAGAGUUCGGGACCAUUGGUUACAAGAGGCUUUUUGAGUUUUGUGAAACGGAGAAAGAAGGAUAUGCUCGUAAUGGAAAAGAUGUGAAGGAUAUGCAGGGAGGUUCCAUUGGCUUUAGCUUAUUCAUAAUAGGGCUUAUUCCUUCUACAAGCUCCAAGGAUGAUGUCAUUGCAACCCAAAGAGCCCAAGAUUUUUACGUCGGCUGGUUCCUUGGACCUCUUAUAUUUGGAGACUUUCCUGAUACAAUGAAAAGAACCAUUGGUUCAAGGCUGCCAGUUUUCUAUGAGAAAGAAUCAGAAGAAGUUAAAGGCUCAUCUGACUUUGUAGGAGUCAUACACUAUCAUGCGGCUUCUGUCACCAGCAUCAAAUCCAAGCCUUCUCUAAAGUAUGAUGUUGCUCCAUGGGCUAUGGAAGUUGUCCUGGAGUUUAUAAAGCAGAGGUAUGACAAUCCUCCUGUCUACAUUCUUGAGAAUGGUACACCGACGAUGAAGCAAGGUUCGCAGCUGAAACAGAAGGAUACACCAAGGGUGAAAUACUUGCAUGCUUGCAUUGGUGGUGUUCUCAAAUCCAUAAGGAAUGGAUCAAACACGAGAGGCUACUUCGUAUGGUCAUUUAUGGAUUUAUACGAGCUUAUAGGGGGAUACGAGGUUGGUUUUGGGUUGUACUCUGUCAAUUUCAGUGAUCCUCAUCGCAAGAGAUCUCCCAGACUCUCUGCUCAUUGGUACUCUCAUUUUCUCAAUGGCACUACCGCCUUUCUUGGUUCCCAAGGCAUCACGGAAUUGCAGAGAAACUUAUCUUCUUCCUUUUAAACAGUAGUGUUGCAUUUAUAUAUUUUGAUGAAUCCGUAUUUUUUGUGAGAACUGUAAUGAAUAAAAUCUCAUGUUCUAC